AUGGCCGCUGCUGCUUCUGAGAGCUUCAUCCACCUGGCGAGGCCUUUGGCGCCCAAUACCGUCGGCCUCCAGACUAACCUUGCCCCGCUCACUGUCAACAUCCAGCCUCAGGCUGUCCUUUCCAUCCUCGACCACGCCGUCCGACGAGACAUCCGAGAUACCCAAUCCACCCGAGUCAUCGGCGCUCUUGUUGGCACCCGAUCUGAAGAUGGCACCGAAGUCGAGGUCCGCUCAUGCUUUGCCAUCCCCCACACCGAGGAGGAGGACCAGGUCGAGGUCGAUGUUGAGUACCAGAAGAACAUGCUUGCUUUGACUCUCAAGGCCAACCGCGGCGAGUCCCUCCUCGGCUGGUACACCACCUCUCACGAGCUUAACAGCUUCAGCGCCCUCAUCCAGAACUUCUUCGGCAGCCCUGACACCGGCACUUUCCCCCACCCCGCCAUUCACAUGACCAUCUCUACCGAGCCUGGCGAGGAUAUUCAGUCUCGAUGCUACAUCAGCGCUCCCGUUGCUGUCAACGCUGAGCGUGCUGCCGACAGCUGCCUCUUCAUCCAAGUCCCUCACAAGAUCCUCUACGGCGACGCCGACCGAAGUGCUCUCGAGGCCAUCGCCAGCGCAAAGGAUUCCGAGUCCCGAACAGCCCCUCUCGUCUCCGAUAUCGAGGGCCUUGGACGAUCUGUCGAGCAGACUAUUGGCCUUCUUGACCGAGCAAGUGAGUGGAUCAACGGUGUUCUUGAUGAAGACGAGGAGCCCAACAACAUUGUCGGCCAAUACCUUCUCAACGCUCUGUCCUUGGCUCCCAAGGUCGACCCUUCACAAAUCGAGCACGACUUCAACAACCACAUCCAGGAUGUCCUCAUGGUCAGCUACUUGGCCAACACUAUCCGCACUCAGAUCGAUCUGUCUCAGCGAUUGGCGACAGCCAACUUGGGCGGUGGCGAGAAGGAGGGUGAGGGCAAGUCAGAGGAGAAGGGUGGCGGACGGGGAGGCAAGCGUGGUGGACGAGGCGGCGGCCGAGGUGGUGGUCAACAGCGUGAGCCCCGUGAGCCUCGUGAGCCAAGGGAACCUCGCGAGCCCACUGAGUAA